AUGAGCCAUACAGUUAACGAUAUACCAGCCAAUUUUAAGUCGACGCUUCCCCCAAGGAAGCGGGCCAAGACACAAGAAGAGAAGGAGCAGAGGAGGAUCGAAAGGAUUCUUAGAAAUAGGAAGGCGGCUCAUCAGUCGCGCGAGAAGAAGAGACUUCAUCUCAUGUAUUUAGAGAGGAAAUGUUCUUUGUUGGAGAGGAUAAUGUCUCAUGUUAAUCUAGGUCAGCUUGUAGAGUCUACAGGCGAUCCGGAAUUACGCAGAGCUGUUACUGAGUACGAGGCGGUUGUCAAGGCCGACCCUUCUACGUCGCCCGAGGCCAAUGCCUCCUUCUCAGGUUCAGUGGAAGACAACGACAAUUUGGAAAGAUAUGAGAAGGACGCGAAUAUUGAAAGUAGCAGUGCUUCCACUUCUGCCUUGUCUUCUGCGACCACUCCCAUAGUGAAGAGUCCUAGUAUUUCUGGAACUACUCCAGGGUCUCCAUGCACUACUAUCGUUGGCGGUGAAAAUUCACGUUUCGAGCGUCGCGAUUUUAUUAUAGAAAAUGCAAACGAUGCGGUGAAACCCGAAUCCACUUCAACGGAUUCCUAUUCAUACGUCGGCGGUGCCAACUAUCACCACCCUUCAUUUUCUGUAUUCGAGGACUCGGACCCAAGAGUAUUUUCCGGGAGCAAGGCUAACAAUGAGUCUUGGAACCUAUUGUUAACACAAUCCCACAACUACCCAUUAGGGGGUAGUAAUAUCUUCAAGGAUGACAUUAGCGAACCAUUUGAGUUGACUGAUAGUUCUUUGGACCUUGACCAUUGGCGCAAUCCAGCCGAGAUUGUCCAGUGGAAAGAAUGA